UAUUAAACGCGUCCCAGACUCGACGACUUCUCUCACAACCACCAUGGCAUCCAUCAUCACAGGAGCAGCACACACUGCACACUCAACAGCCGCUUCCCUCCUCAGCUCAGCCCAAAUCCACCCCGGAAAAAAGCUCCCACCCUUGAAAGUGAAAGAGACGUCCCCGGAGCACGCUGAGACGAUUUCUUUGACUGGGACGAGCGUCAUCGUCGGUGUCCCGGGAGCGUUUACUGGAACAUGCAGCACACAGAUUCCAGGAUACAUCGACAACUACGAAGCAUUCAAGGCCAAGGGUGUGACGGGGAUAUACGUCGUUGCUAUCAAUGACCAGUUCGUCAUGAACGCUUGGAAGGAGAAACUGGCUCCCGAAGGCACUGCUAUCCACUUCCUAGCCGACGACCAAGGCGAGUUCUCCGGUGCUACAGGCUUGAUUUUCGACGCUACGCCAUUGUUGGGAGGUCCUCGUUCAAAGCGCUAUGCUAUGAUUGUCAAGAACCAAGAGGUCGCUUCAGUUGCGGUUGAAGAGGAUCCAAGUAAAAUCACCGUUACAGAUGCAAAGACGAUACUGGCACAGCUGUAGGCUGCCGCAAGUGAUGCAUGUACAAGUAGGAAUUCAGACUGUACGAUGUUUUGUCGAGCC